AUGGACAAUAUUUUGCUUUUGAUUCUUGUUUUUAUUGGAGCUGUUCUAGCGAAUCCAUUGCCUAUUGCCUGCGCUGAUUGUGAGGCCGAUUUGAAACGAAUGUCAGAGAAUUUGAAUCUCAACAAUGCCACCUGGAAUGAGGGAAUCAUCUAUGUAAAGAAAGUGUGUGACGAGCAUCGGCUUUGCACUCUCGACUGUGAUGAGGCCAAGAAAAAAUUCAAGCCAAUUUUUGAGGAGAUCAAAAAGGCGAACAAAGAAGGCAACAAUGAGGCACAAAUUUGUCGAAAAACUUUAAAUUGUAUUGAA